GUCACGAAAGCUUUGACACACCCUAUGUUCUAAGGACACACCGGUAUCAAGAUCACAGUUAACUUUGAGAAUUACAGGAAAAAACAAACUCAAUGUUUGAUUGUCAAGUCAAUAGAAAUUAGCAAAUUUUUUGUACAUCAUCUUUUUUUCGUAAAUCAUCUUGGGGUCAUCUUUUGGAACCUAAAAUCCAGUGAAAAUCGCAAGGUCAUUUCAAUCAUGAAAUUCACGAUCACCAGUGCACAAAGUUAUGUCUAAUGGGUUCUUCAGCAGGAUCAGGUUGUGAAAUAGUACAGGCUAAAGCUGAUUAUUGUGGCAAAAAGAAAAAGAGAAAGAGAAGUAAAAAAAGGGGAGGAUGUCCAUGUAAGAAAAAAAAAUCUAGAAGGAAGAAGAAAUCAUCAAAGAAAUGUUUUAAACCAGGCCCAAGUACUCCAAAUCCGUUUCUUAACUUUCUUCGUGUAUUCAGAAAGCAGCAUUGCGGUUGGAGCAUAACCAAAAUAGCCGUCGAAGGCGCCAAAUGUUGGUGUAAAAUGAGUAAGGCCCAAAAAGAACGAUUUUACAGAGAAGCCUGUCGAAUGCAGAAAGGUAAAAGUAAACGCAAAAAAAAAAGUAAGCGUAAGAAGGGAAGAUGUUGAUUCAUGGUUACAUUCUCUUACAAUAGGACACUAAAUAAUUAGUAAAUGUCUGUCUAGUUAAAAAUAUUUUCUGAAUAUAUAAUUUGUGGGUAGUGUCUACAGAGGUAUAUUGAUUGUUUUAUAGUGUAAUAUAAAGUAUUGUGAGAACCUUUGUAAAUUAGAAAUAAAAAGUGUAUAUGUACUUACCUAUCGAAUUAUAUUCUUUCUGGUUGUUUCCUACAACGAUGUAAUUUUGUUCGGCAUUCACCAAGUAAUGUUUGCACUUUUCUUGCGCCCUGUAUGAGAUGACAUAUCCCCAGAUUUUCUCAGACAAUCUAACCAAAAAUGUCCCACAUGGUUGAUCCAGGAGAAGCGUUUCAGCUUCUUGCCUUGUUAUGAGCCCUACGAGUUUUC